UUUUGCCAAAGUAAAACUUCACUGAAUGAGUGGUAAUUGCACUAUUUAGUUGGACAGGAUUGAAUUCAAGUUGGGCAAGUUCUUUAAAUGCUUACUUUCCUUCUUUGAAUGGAAAUUUUAUAUAACUACUACAAAUAAUGCUACCGCGAAUGAGUUUUGAUUCAGAGAGACUCGUACAUCCACCUGAAUCGGAAGAUUCACAAGGUUCCCAAAACUGAAGCAGCUUCUCAGAAGAUAAUAAUUCUUUACAUAUAUCUGAUUUGAUACAUCUGGUCUGUCAAUCAAGAUGAAACAGUCAGGUUCUAUAUCCUAUUGGAAAAAGCCAGAGCUAAUCUACAUGCAAUGGUCUCACCCAUAAUCAGUUACUAAAAAUUCCAAGAAAAUUGAUCGCAUUCGUCAAGCAGAUAGCACAAGUGCCUCCCUCCAGAAUAUGCGCAAGAUACAGAAGCAAAAGGAUCAAGAAGAACCAAGCAAACACACUUCUGAUAUUCAACCCCAGAACUUAAUAAUGCUCUCCUCUUACUUUCUCUUCCCUAGAAAAACCAUCCAUAAGAUCAGCCAAAGAGGCACACCUGUCUGUGCAACCUACAAACUUAUUAUGGAAGCAUCCAAAGGGUGGUUUCCGGAAGAAAAUAAUUAUUGCCUCCAAGGUGGAACAUUGUCGCCGACAUAUAUCACUAAAGUUGACGAACCUUUGAUUCUCCUCUUCGCAGAAUGGACAAACUGUGGGAUAUUCAUUCGCAAUCCCUUCUGACCGAAUUCAUGGAGAAUCACUACGGAUCAUGUUAGAACUUUAAGACCAUAAUUCUGCGAAAAGUACCUACAACAUCACAUUUUGAGCUCCCUAACAGCAGUAGAUGUGGCCAUCAUAAAGACAAUGGUAAUACUGUUUCCUUUUUCCUUGUAAAUGUCAACCGUAAAAUUCUCAGGCGUACAGGAAUAAAGAUGGCAAUACACAUGAUGACAAAAGAGAUCCAGUAGUGUCGAAAGGAUAGGGUCAGAUAUGACGAUACAACAAGUGAACCAAAUAAUGACGCCCAAAAGAGAGCCACCAAGACAUCAACCCUGUACAGUAUUACAGAUAAUAACAUUAGGUCUCUGCUAAGCAACAAUCAAUUAUGAUUAAAAUGAAGCUAAAGAAACCAUAUAAGCCAUCAAAUCAUCUGGGCCAUGGCGAUGGUACAAUUAUUCUUAGUGAUGCUUGUAUUAUUCAACAGCAUUCAUGAUGUAAGAUAUGAAGUGAUCUUUGAUUUGUGUGUCUCAUCCCAGUACAUCAACAUGAUUUACCAGUAUUAGAACUGAAGUUUGAAGUUUCAACUGAUGCUGACAUGCACGUAGCAUUUCAAAGUAGGCAAAACUAAUCAUACAGCUCUAAUAUGCAGAAAAGAACUAUCAAAAGAUUGCCUAUGUUUUUAACUCAACUCCUAGACUUGUAUAGAAAAGAUAGAACAAUUUUAUAGCUUCAUUACCCAUCCUAAUUCAAAGCAAUAAUGAGCAGAACAUAUUGAGAGAGAGGGAAUUUGGAUAUGUAAAACUACUAGCUUGGAACAAAUCUGAGCUUCAACAAAAUCCGAUCCAACCAUCAUCAGAUGAAGAGUUUUUUUCAAUUGCAUAAUAAAAUAUACAAGUCCAAGAAAAAGUUCUAUUCCACUUCCAAGCCAAAAAGAUUUUACUCAGCAGAGGCAAUCUUGAAAAAUAGCCAACUAAGCUAUUGGCCUUCACACACUAGACAUAGACACUGAUAACGGACAAGCUUCCUGCAGCCAACUUUGACUGAAAGAGAAUGAUAUUUUGCUUAGUUUUCUAAUCUACCGAAAAUGAUUAUUAACUAUAGAUUCUACAACCAAUCGUUAUUCAGGUGAAUUUCAAACUAAAGGAAUACUAAUGGACAUAGACAGAACUAAAUCCUGCAACAGAAAGGCAAAUGGGAAUAGACAAGCACAAGUAACAUGAAUGCUUUUAGCGAUCAACUCAGUAAACAUUUCAAACAAUGUCCUAUAGAUUCAUUCUCAACGUCUAAAGUUUUUUAAUGUCCAAAAGUCCAUUAAUGCCACCCUCAAACCCAACAAAAAUUCCCUCUUCGUACCCGAUCCAACCCCACCCAUCAAGCAUUUUUUACUUGAUUUGCUAUCACCAAUAGCAGUAAAGUUGGAAACUUUGUAUCACAACAAACGAUAAAGAUGAUUUCCUAGCUUUUUCAUGACACAAUCCCUGCAUUCGUGAGCUUUGUAAGCCCAGAAAAACACAAAAGAAUAUAGCCUUUUCUCAGGUUUGGUUCUAGUGAAACUUAUCUAGUAGAGACUAGUGAGAGAAAUUGAUAAUCGCUACAGCCUUUCUUGACUACGGAAUCCAAAUAGCAUAAAUCGAGACUUCAACUUAUUCAAUUCACCCAGAGAAAAAAAAAACUGCAGAAUGUCUCCCAUGACAAAACAACUUCAAACGAAAUUAGGCGAAUAAAAAAAAAGAAAAAAGAAAUAUGAACUCGUACCAGGUAUUGAGGAAGGGUUUAGGAGAGAAGAUGACGAGAGCGGGACAUUUACGCUGGGAUCGGAUCUGGUAAUCUCGGAGCUGCUCCACCAGCUUCGACCGAGUAAUCAUCUGGGGCCCCGGAUUAAAAAAAAACCGUCAAUCAAUCAACACGAAGAAUUACAAUUCCGGCGGCAGCUCAAGGAGGCGCUGCCUCUGAGUUUGGAGGGAAUUGAGGCGGAGGGAGUUAGUUGCUAAUAAGCCAGUAAACCAUGAAUCAAUUAACCCAAACAGUUAGAAUCGUUGGCGCGGUAGCGUUGCCAGUGCGCGGGCUUCUUCAAGGGGAAUCUUUCCGGCCAGAUAAAAUCGUCACACGGACUCAACGUUUAUUGUGUGUUGUUGAUUGGAAAAAUUUCUUUCCAACAUAAGUCGUUUAGGUAAAAGCACGUUUCUGACAACUAGCUGAAUCUGGUGCUAUUUUGCUGGGCUUUUCACACAAUAAGAAGUAGUUGGAGAGAUUUGGGCUCUUGCCAUUCUAAUUAGCUGAGUAAAUCCGGCCCAUAAAACUUAAUGGGAUUCACCUUCAUAAUCGCAGAUAAUUAUGAAUUUAUUGAUAAUAAAUAAAACUCCAAAUGCCAAAUGGUGGUAGUCAAAAAGCGGUCCAAAUUUAAAGCACUUCCAUGCACGCUAAUCUAUAAACACAAAGCCGGCCUAAUCAGUAAUCACCGAAUUCAAUUGACAUAGCCAGGACCUUGCUCCUCCUUUCACUUUCCUUCAAUUAUAGCCAAUAAUAAACAAUACCCGAUUUGAUUUUGGUUUUGGAGCCUGUUUAAGUCGGGCCAAUGUGUUAGUAAUUUUGUUAUCAAAGAUGGUUUUUUUUUUUAAAUUUUUUUUUUUUUUAGUUUGUACGAAUAGUAUGAUCAGCUAAUUUGAAAGAGGGGGAGGAAUAGAGAGGAAAUGAUAAAUAAAAUUGGGAACAAAUGCGAAGAUUUUUGAGGAGGGGACGCGUAUCUGAUGUUGUGGGAAGCAGUAACAACAAGGGUGGUUACACUUGGCUCGAUAGAACAGGAAGAGAGAGAAACCACAACGGCAACGAUACUACGAUCAGCACCAAAACAACAGCAGCAGGGGAGAUGGCAUUAGCGGGUAGGGAGAAAGAAAGAGAUCUGGAACGAUUGAUACCCCUUGGUGGAAUCACUACUGACACCGUCAAUGGAGGCCCUGUUGGGUCUAAAUCCUCUUCCCCUUCCGAUUCACCGCUUGCUUCUUCUUCUAUAUCUCACCACUCCGGCAAAGAGGCAUUUAGCAAAGUCAUCCGCAGCUGGGCGUCUAAAAAGUUUAUGUCUGGAUGUGUCAUCUUGUUUCCAAUAGCCAUCACAUUUUAUAUCACUUGGUGGUUCAUUCAUUUUGUGGAUGGGUUCUUCUCCCCAAUCUAUGCGCAUCUGGGGAUAAACGUGUUUGGUCUGGGAUUUGUAACCUCAAUUACUUUCAUCUUUUUAAUUGGAGUGUUCAUGUCAUCUUGGUUGGGGGCCUCACUUCUAGGAUUAGGAGAAUGGUUCAUUAAAAAAAUGCCCCUUAUAAGCUACAUCUAUGCUGCUUCAAAACAAAUCAGUGCUGCCAUUUCACCAGAUCAGAAUUCACAUGCCUUCAAGGAAGUAGCAAUUGUGAAGCAUCCACGAAUUGGUGAAUAUGCACUGGGCUUCAUCACAUCAAGUGUUAUCCUUCGGAAGACUUCAGGUGCAGAGGAACUCUGCUGUGUUUAUCUACCCACUAACCAUCUUUAUCUUGGAGAUAUUUUCCUUAUCAACUCCAAAGAUAUAAUGAGACCAAAUCUCUCUGUUAGAGAGGGAAUAGAGAUUGUCAUCUCCGGAGGCAUGUCCAUACCAAAGAUAUUGAAUAUAGUUGAUGUUCAAUCCAUUCUAUCACCAAGAGUGGGCAAAUUUGCUGUCCCACAAGUUUAA